AGUUUGUGUUGCAAAGGGCAUUGACCUAUCUGCUUGAAAAAUGCGACUUUUAUAUUUACGGCUAAAGGGCAAUUAUUGCUUUUUAAGGACAACACUGUGAUGCGCAUCAACUAUAACAAGCCUCAUCACCAACAAUGCCAGUGGUGUACGCCUGCAUGACCAAAGGGACAGUGAUACUUGCUGACCUAGCUCUUGCCGGUGGAAACUUUAAGGAUCAAGCCUUGAGCUUAAUGCGGCCUGGACUACCUACAAUCGGGCCUUUAUAUAGAAGAUCUAUUCUAAAAGAUGGAUUUAGGUUCCACGUCCUGUCGGAAGACGGAAUUACCUAUAUCUGCGCUACAGAACCAGGGUUCGACUACAAGCGUGCUCGUCAGUUCCUGGAUGAGCUCCAGAGGACCUUGGUGAACAGCCCUCUGAUAACGCGCGUGGCCUUUGCCCAGCCUUACGAACUCAGCGCUGACCUAAACCAGGUGCUCGGCAAGCAAAUGGCUGACUACAAUGCCCAACCACCGCCCUCUGCAAGUAAAAUGAAUCAGGUUCAGGAACAAGUCAACGAUGUCAAAGUCAUCCUUAAAGACAACAUCAACAAGGUCCUGGAGAGGGGGGAGAGGCUCGAUGACCUGAUUGACAAGACCGAUGAUCUACAGGCAACAGCAGACUCAUUUCAGAAAACAUCAACACGCGUUGCACGCAAAUACUGGUGGAAGAACAUUAAGAUGAUGAUCAUUAUCGGCGUGGUCGUCGCGAUCAUAGUUAUUCUCAUCAUCUUGCUUGCUACCGGUGUCAUACCAACCUAGUGCAGACACGGACAGCAGCGGGGUUGACUUUGGUCGUAUGAAGGGCAUGCAAGCUUGCACAUCUUGUACAUAUGUAUCUAAAUGUAAAAUUGUGUAUAGGAAAUUUAGAUAGAAAAUGUUCAUUUUCCAGCUCUAAGAAAGAGUGUAUUUUUUUUUUCACUCAUAUAUUUGAAAAUCAGAGUGGAUAUUUCUUUGGUUGUCAAAGCUGCCAUGUUUAUUGUUCUCUAAAUCACAGUGGUGGUAUUAUUACUACUACUACACUAGCUCACUCCUCUUCAUUGUACGGCAAAAUUGAAACCCAUGGAUGAAUAAAACUGUACAGAAUAAUAAACUACAUUGCAAAUUGUAUGCAAAUCUAA